AUGGCGAGAAAAUCAAAACCGGUCGGAAACUCGUCCAUGUACCCUAAGCUCCAUGACGAUGUAUCACGCCUGCUGGAAGAAGACGAUCUUUACUUUCACUUCCACGAAGUUGAUGAUGAUAAAGGUCCGAUCAAGAACUACGACACGACCGUCAUGGGCCGAUUUCUCUGUCGGAACCGCAAGUGCGCCUCGAACGGAUGGUCCAGCAAGAAGAUUGCCAUCACGAUACGAAUGUACCCUGGCGACAAAUACAAUGCUCGGGUAUAUCACCAGCGCUGCAAGAGCUGCAACUAUCUCAGCCGGCCACUGCUAGACGAUUCAUAUGCGGACCGAGUCGCCUAUCGGAUCAAGAAAUGGAAUGGGAUAAGGUUGGACAUACCGUUUUACUCGGGUGAGAGCAAGGGACCACACAAUCGCCAUCUCUGUGAGGGAUGCAAAGCUGGUCGUUGCAGUGGACUUGGACUGGGGUGGUUCUAG